CAAAAUGGGUUGAAAUUAAUGGGUUGACCCAAACCAAACCAAUCCAUGGUUCUAAUGGGUUAACAAUUUGGAUGUUAAUGGAUAAAUGGUUUUUAUGGGUUAAUGAGUUUAGUGAGCUGGAUUAAUAUUGGUUUGAAUCAAAAUGGUUUAUGGAUUAUCCAAUCCAACCCACUUUUUCUCACAUAAUGUUUUAGUCUCUCUCUCUCUUUCUUCUCUCACGAGACGCUCUCUCUUUCUCGAUCUCACGAGACCUUCAUCAUCGAUCACGACAUCGAUCAACCCUUUUGGGUCAUUGCUUUUGGGUUAUCGAUCGCAACACAUCAACUCAUCUUCCUUAUCUUCACUACCAAGGAGACCAAACACUGAGUAUCACCACUACUCUUCCACCAGCGUUGUAUCAACAUCCUUUACGUGUUUGUGGAACACUUGUAGCAGCAAGGUAUCAGUGAUUGUGGAACACUUGUACUACAAGUCUUGUAGCAGCAAGGUGUCAACAAAGAUGAUGAAUAAUGAAGAUCUUCUAAACAGUGGUGGCCAAUCAUCCACAAGUGCAUCACAAACGGCUCUAGUAAGUUCUAAUCAUUCAAAAAGAACUAAGAGAUCAACUGCUUGGGAUUAUUUUACAAUAGAAAAAGAUGAGAAUGGCCAAGAGAGAGCAUAUUGUAAAAAGUGUCCAAAGAACUAUGUGUGGUUGCCAACUAAGUGUGUCAUUCUCGUUGGUUUUAUUGCGAUACUAUGAUUCUUUCUUUGGUAGUGGCUGUUGUGUCCUCAAUAUAAUUCAACAAGAAAAGCACUUGUGAAAAUCCCUUUUUGAAACGAGUUUCUUUUUGGAUUCUUGUUAUGUAAAGUGUUUUACACCUUGGAUGGUAAAUGAAUAGUGUAGCUAAUGAUUGUUA